AUGCAGCCAAACUCUGAUAAGCAACCAUUGCCGUCAUCCACCAUGAACGAUAAUAAUACAAGAACACCCGGGAAUGGACAAGCCGUAUUACGAAUUCCUAUCAACAUCAGUGGGCUUGAGCAGCAGCAGACGACAACAACCACCCGAGCUGACGAUUUGAAUGCACAAGGAAGACCAAAACGAAAACAAGUAAAGAAUGCUUGUGUCAACUGCCAAAAAGCAUGUAAAAAGUGUGAUGAUGGACGACCCUGUCAGCGCUGUAUCCGAUAUAACUUGCAAGAUACAUGUGUGAAUUCGAUGCGAAAGGAGAGGAGAAAGGGUGUCAAACGAGGACCUUAUAAGAAACGUGGGGAUGAGGGUGGAUCAUCCACAGGAUAUGAUCUCCCAGUUGGAUCAUCUUAUUCGAGUCAUCCACCCAUGGCGCAGUAUACACCUUAUGCAACUAUGGCUUUCCAGGAAGCAUUGAAUGGCCAACCUGCCCCAUCUCAAUUCAUGGCACCUUAUACAAAUCCACCGACGAUGCAUCCAGGAUACAAUCACAUGUUGUCUUAUCAAGCUGUCAUGUCGAUGAUAUCACCCGGAUCAACCUCCAACAUGUAUCAUCCAUCAUCCUCUUACUACUAUCAGCAACCAGCAGCAACAGCAGCAGCACCAGAGAAUGGCAAAGACAAUCAUCCACAACAACAAAGUUCUACCACAGCAUCCUCCAUAACGACAUCCGAUGGUGAUCAAGAUGAUGAGACUUCCAAGCUCAACUUGUUAUCCCAAUUAUGUACUGCAGCAUUGGAUCGUUUAUCGCAAACGAAUGAUCAACAGGAAGGGGAAGCUACUCAUAAUCCAUCCAAUAAUAAUAAUGGCACUGCAAAAGACAAUCAAUAA